UCUUUCCCUUUUCUUCCUCGCACAACCUUCCAUGGAUUCUUCUGCAACUCUCACUACUCAUCACCAUCAUCCCAAUCCUCUCCCAGAACAGCAAAACUCCGCCAGAAAACACCACCCCCUGCCGCCGCCGCCAUCUUCUCGCCGGACUCCGUCGUUCUCCUCCUCGUCCUCCUCCUUCUCACCAUACAACUCAUCUUCCUCCCUCGAAUCCGUGCUCUACUUCGCCGGCGACGACGACGACCCUGGCCCUUAUUCUCCUCUCAGAUUCUCCGGCGGCGUCCCAUUCUCCUGGGAACAUCUUCCAGGAAUUCCCAAGAAACAACCAUGUUUCAAGAAGAAGCUUAUUCAUCAGGAAUCUUCCAUGAAACUCCUCCCAUUGCCUCCUCCAACUAAUAACAGCACCACCGGCAUUACUACGAGCUCUUACAAUUACAGCAAGAAGAACUCUCUUCAGAGUAUCUUUCAGGGAGAUCCCUUUUUGGCAGCCAUGGUUGAAUGCUCGAAGGGCGAUGAUCAUGAUCAGGAAGAAAAAGAUGAACUCAGUAGCAGAAACAAAGCCUUCCGGAACAGUAACAAUACUGGAAGAAGGUCAAGAGGAGGAUCUAAUAACAACAACAAUAAAGUUUCCAGAAGUAUCAGUGAUCGUUUCGGAUUCGUCAAUCUUUAUUCAUCAUGCAAAAAUGCUUCUGCGAUUUCUGAGUCUUUAAUCUACCUUCCAAGCUCAUCAAGGAGAUCAAGAAGCAAUUACCAGCAUUUUAGUGCUCGUCGCAGGUCUCUCUGAGCUUAAUAAUGAAUUUCCUUUUACUUCAGUUCAUGUAUAAAACAUAAAAAUGGAUAAUUAGUAAGUAUGUUAGAUAUAUAUAUCAAUAUAAUCUAGCAUACUUACGUGUUGUUAAUUAGUUAUAUAUAUAAAUAUAUAUAUAUAUAUAUCAAUUUAUGAGUUUGUUGCAUUGUGGUCACGGGAGAAUCAAAAUGGGAGGAAUCUGAUUGUUUUCUUUCGCUGAAUGAACUCAGUUUCUUGUUUUCUAGUUCCCAAGUUAGAAUAUGGUAUGUGAAGACAAGUUAUGUCUUUGGAAACUUCAAGUCAUUAUUCAAAUAUGUUAAUACAUGCAUAGGAAGCUUGUCUGCU